AUUGCAUUACCGCUGAGCAGCGUCAAACGGUAUGUGGACAAGGCGUGCGAGACGAGCCCGUGCCUCACUGAGGCGGAGGAGGUUUAUUAUGCGGGCCACGUCUUUGAGUGCGCCGUCCAAACAGCUGAGAACGCUUGUUUCGACUGUCUGGCGUUCGUCUUGCAAACGACUGCUAUCAACAGUGCUCCUCAUGAAGCGAAGAUUACUGUUUGCGACGCAGUGAUAGAUCGAGCCAGCUGUUCGUACAAAGCAGAAAAAUACAAGUGUAACCACAUUGUAGCUGUACUGCUGCAUAUUAAUGCUGCCAGGACUUUCGACAAGCUCUCGCGAACUGAUCAGCCACAGAAGUGGGGCAAGGAGCACAGAGAUCGGGUUAAGCAAAAGUAUGAGCCAAGAGCUAUAGUCAACCUUCCAUGUGCAAAGAAGGCAAAAAUCAAAAAGACUCCCCAGCUGGAAGGCAACAUACUUGAAAGACUUUUGGAGAAUGUCAGCUGGUACAAAUGAGCAUCACGGCAGUUCAGCAUGCAGAUUUGUUUGUGUUCGUCAAUGAAGAAGAUAAUAUUUGCAUUCCAGUGCUAUUUAAUGAGGCAUAUUUCAGCGAUGUGGUUGAAAGAUCUUCCUAUUUCUUUGAGCAGUACAUACUGCCACAUCUUCUUUCUCCAUGAACUGCCUUGUUUCAGUUGCACAUGCAAUUUUUUAUGCCUUGCACAUAACCAAACUACAGCCUCCCUUUUCAAGCCACAAAAUGACGGAUAUAUGAGGUUUAACAUACCAACUUAACAAAAGGCUUAUUAGGGAUGAUGUCGGGGGACGUUUUACAUCAAUAUUAGGUUUGCUACAACGUGACUAAAGCUUGGUAUAUAAGCAUUUUGCUUAUUUUUUUGUCUCUCAGUAGGAACAGAACCGAGAGAUGAACCUGCGACUUCAUGUUCAGCAACAGAAUGCCAUUGCCAAGUUAACUCGAGACAUAAAAAAUUGUAUGUGCAAUCAGAGAAAGCCCUCCUAGAAAGUUUGGAGACAUCUGCAGUUUGAGUGCUUUUACUGAUGUACAGUACAGUCCACUGUUAAAGGGAAUAAUGAAAUUUGCGGCCCUCGCUUGGCUGGCAACCUAGCUGCAUGGGGCUGCAGAAGCAAUCUUAGUGCACUACGCAGGUGUGUCGAAAGGAGUGAGAGCUGACAACUACAAGUUACCUGCUCCAAAUAUAGGUGAUUGUACUGCUUCUAGGAAGGAAAAUCUGGACAUGUUGUGCACUAAAGUGUUUUCUUUAACAGUGGACUCCUCUGUACAGUGAGCAAGAAAAUGCAAACACGGUAGCAUGCUGUAGCACACAAAAAAUUAACAUUAGGUCACUAUUAAAACACAUUUGUGUGUAAACAGCUGAGUCGUGCAGUGGCUAGAGGAAAUUGUGAUGCAACCCCGAACCAUAACAGACACUCGAAUGACAGACUAGGAAUCACAGGCAAUGCAUAUGUCUAUGUGACAUUCUAUGCAUUUAAUUUUUGGGUCCCUGAAUUAUGCGAUGCGACUGUGAUAUCGUAAAUAUAAUUGUGAUAUCAGAAACUCAUCCUGGAGAAUAACGGCAGUCAUUUGUGGUUUUAGUCCCAUGCGCAGCUUUCUACAAGGGUAUCCAAUCAUGCUUGUAUUUGCGUUUUGUGUUAAUUCACAUGGGCUUCCUUGAUACACUGAUAAGUGCAAAGGCACCGUGUUAGAUGCUCUCAUGUCUGUGGGAAAUUUGGCUGAUACUUUGGUACUAUGGUAGCCAGACAAUUGCUGAUUAUUACAGUAGGCGUAAAAAAUGGGGUUUUACGUGCCAAAACCACUUUCCGAAUAUGACGCACGCCUACAGUAGGCGUCUGUAAUUUUCGAUGUUUUUUUUUUUUCGUUUUCGGCUGGUGUUUGUUUUGUGAUAUAGUUGCUAUGGCAACUAGCACGACUGUGUUGUGAAGACGAACAAGUGCCUCACACAAUUAAAUUUUUGGCUGACUGGGUUUUGUGAAGCAAUUGUGAUAUGAGAAUGCUAUAACUGUGAUAUUAGAAAGGCAUCCCAGGGAAUGAGAGUAGUCACUUGUGGUUUAUAGUUCAUGCCCAGCUCUCUACGUGGGUAUCCAAUUAUGCUUGUAUGUACCUUUCGUGUUAACUCACAUGGGCGUCCAAUGAUACAAUGAUAAGUGCAAAGAUACUUUCAAGAUGCUUUCAUUUUUUUGUCUACUGCUUAUGUGGUCAUGUUUGCGGGAUAUUUGGCUGAUAUUGUGAUACUAUGGUAUCCAGUCAACUGCUGCUCAUUACAGUAGGCGUCUGCAGUUAUCAACUUUUUUUUUCAUUUUUGGCCGGUGUUUGUUUUGUGAUAUAGUUGGUAUUGCAACUAGCAUGACUUUGUUGUAAAGACGAACAAGUGCCUCAUGCAAUUAAAUUUUUCGCUGACUGUGUUUUGUAAAGCAAUAGUGAUGUUAGAAUGCUAUAACUGUGUUAUCGGAAAGUCAUUCCAGGGAAUGACAGUUGUCACUUGUGGUUUAUGUUCCAUGCCCAGCUUUCGACAUGGGUAUCCAAUCAUGCUUGUAUGUGGAUUUCAUGUUAACUCGCAUGGGCUUCCAUUGAUACAAGGAUGAUAAUUGCAAAGGCAGCAUGUUACAAAGAUGUUCUCAUUUUUUGUCUGCUGCUCAUGUGGUUAUGUUUUUGGUGUAUUUGGUUGUUACUGCAAUACUAAUAUUAGGGCAGCCAGAUAACUGUGGCACAGUGCACCAGGCAUAUGUAGUCUUACUUGUUUCGUUUCUGGCUGUUGUUUGUUUUGUAAUUGGCAUUAACUGGCAUUCCUGUGUUGUGAAGACAAACAAGUGUCUCACCCAGCUAAAUUUUUAGUUAGCUGCACACUUUAACGCCACUGUGAUAGUGUAAGGGAUUAUAUCAGAAUGACACCAGGCAAACAGUAUCCAUGAACAGUUCGUUUCUGGUUUGGCAAUUGUUUGGCUUGCUCCUGGCGCUCGGGCCAUUUGUUUCCUGUGACAUAUAGGGUUUCUGUUAUUGUGGUAGAGAAAGAAUGCAAUUUUCAGUAGCACUACAUUUUCUAGUUCUGAUGUAUUGCCGCCUAUUUUGUCCAACUGUUAUACUAAAACAAAGAUAUGCUGACAAGCAUUACUACGAUAUGUAAUGAUGUAACUGCAUUAUGAAACAGGACAACAGUGAAGAAUGCAGGCACACUGUUUUACGCAAUGCGUUUCUCAUAAAAUGUACAAUUGAGAUUGGAAUUAUUGAAAUAAAUGCAAGAGUCGUGCAUUUCGGGUGCUCAGGACAACUAAAAGUGGUGCUUCUUGACAAGAAGCACAAAAUCUCUUCUUCCAGUUUGCCUUACUAACCUAUUAAUAGUGGGCAGUUCUGAAAUAAAACUAGUUAAAAGGUAGCAAUUGGAAAAGUUAAAAGUAAUAUUCUUGCAUGCAUAUUAUUUUUCAAAACAUACACCAUGAGUACUGCAUUUAAAAGCCUACAGCUGCUGAAGUAGUUUUAUAGUAGCUACAAAAAUUAGGUGUUCGCACAUCGAAAAGUAUGCCACGAAGCAAAGGCUGAAAGGCAGUCCACACUAGAUGGUGUUUAUUGUACAGUAUCUUAUACACAUUCUGCAAGCUCGUUGCCCAUUUUGUUUACAAGAUCACUGCAUUAUUACAUCUCCAAAACAUAAGGAGAGGUUGCUAACAGAAUGUGCCAUACCAUGCAGUCUUUGUUACAUGAACAAGUGUGCUGCUUUUUGCCAUUAAUGUAACUGCCCAAGGUCUUUUUUACAGGUUUGA